AAUUUAUGCUGCAGGAAGGAGUGUUUGUUAACUGCAUAGGGGUGCACUCUAAAACAUUCAAAAACAAAAAAAAUAAUAAAGCAUAAAAACAAUAUUUUUUUACAAUUCUGUUCAAGCUUUGGCGCACCGCGCAAACUACGCCGAUACAAUCACUGUUUUAAAUGAGAGGGAAAGCAUUCCACCACAUACCAUCGACCAACCACACAUCCCACAGCGGUUGCGGCCACAAAGAGCACCCCAUCCCUGGUGGUGACAUGAGAAAAUACCGUCAACCAUAAACACCAAACCCCCUUUGCCGACCCGGGCGCAAAAUCAGAACCGGGAUAGGUUUACAGCAAACCACCCUCCUCCGGUGAACUCGUGGGACUUCUGAAUGGUUUCCAUGCCUUCGAUGAUGCAACGGGUUGAAUGAGGGGGUCACAGCAUAGCGUAGCACAGUCAGUCAGUGUUUUCGCUCACUUUCGCUCUGAAUCCUCUCCGUCGUCGUCGUCGGGUGGCUGGCUCUCGCGCAAAACUCCGCUUCUUGCAACAACUGUGAUAAUGGCAUGGGGGGACAAGCACCGAGCGAGCGAGCGCGGCUACGCAUAACUCCAAACCGCGAACGAGACUCAGUCCGAGACGAGAAUCCCUGGCGAAAGCACAUUUCCACACGGUUCCCAGAGUCUGCCUGGCCUCGUUGACGAUCCGGUAGUGUGUGGUGCAACGUGGGGGCUCCAAAAGUAGCUUUCUCCAAAAUAGGAACCCCCAAUUUUUUUUUCGGAACGGCCUGCAGUGAACGAUUUAGUGUGUGAAAAAUCGGUUUUGGGGGCGACCAGUAGAGUCGUCCGGUUUUUUGGCGGGGGCGCCGUGAUUUGUUUGGAUAUAUUUGGCGAUUUGCUGCUUGGAAUUCAACGCACAUUACCUUACGGAACAAUUUGGAUUUUGGUAACACGCGCGCGACGCGGUUGUCAGUGCUACUUUGUGAACAUUAUUUUUAUGCAUCCUUGCACUAUUGUGCAAUCAAGAGUGAAAGUGCUGCAAACUCAGUCAAUUCGGUGCAUCGUUCAGUAGAUUUAAAAAGCUCUGGUGCAAUCCUAAUAGCACAUGAGAAUGAAGAGUUCUCACAUCAGUAGUUCAAAUCCACAAAGAGGAACUGGGCGCGGUGCUAUGUCAGUUCUUUAGAUCUAAUGGAUAAGUUUGGGUGAUGAAUCUGCUAAAAUAUGAUCUGAUUUCAAGAAACGAAAAAUAGCGGAGUUUAAAAUACUAACAUUGCUGAAUGGUUAAAACAAGUUGUAUAAAAAUGUCGAUUAUGUGACAGUGCAGUGAACCAAAUGAUUUCAUUUUCAUUUUAGUUUUUUGUUUCGUUUCUACGCAAUGGAAGUGAUGAAAGUGAAAGCUAGACAAUAAUCAACUACAACACAAUUAAAAUGAAGAAUCAAAGUCUGUGAUAUGUCUAUGACAAUAAUCGUGAAAGUGUAUAAAAGUAGAAUUUUGAAUAUGUGCAUACAAGUUAGCUAGUUCUAAUAACCAACCUUCAAACAUAAAAGCAGAAAUCAUUCGACAUCAAAGAAAAUUCAAUUACCAACCAGUAUACCAGUGAAUUAUUGAAAAUAAUCGGCUCAAAAACCAACGUAGAAAAUUUUCCGCGCCCGACAGAACCCCAACUGGAUGUGACCGCCAUUUUGGAAACGCAAGGAUAUUUUUCUCCGAAGCCACACACCGAGUUACUCAGCACUCUCGCACACAGUUUUCGUUACUCGGUUCCUGGGGAGGAAUCCUCCAACCAUAUAGCUAAAACCAACGAACGCCAUCAUGCUAACCAUCGAGGAGGAGCAGCAACAUCAGCAGCAGCAGCUGGGGAGACCCAGCGAAAAGUUUUGCCAAUGGCGCCCCCAGCCACAGAACAACGGUCGGAUUAUUGGUACUUUCGCUUGGAAAGCAGCCAGGGAUUUGGUCCUAGCGGGGCUUGCGGUGGCCCUUCUACUAGUCGCUAAUGUGGAAUCCCGAGCACCCGAUCACUACUACGGACGCGAAAUCGGACAUUUCGCCACAUUCGGCCACAAUGUUGAGGGUCGAGUGUUUGCCGUCGACGAGUCAACACUGUACGUCAAAGGAUUCUACUACGACGGCAGUGCCCCGGACGCCUUCUUCUGGGUAGGCAAUUCACCCCGUCCUAGCCCCGAGGGCUACAUCAUCCCCUAUCCGGAGGAGUACACCGGACGAGAGCCUCCAUCGUUGGGCAAACACGAAAACUCAGAUAUAAUACUGAAGUUGCCAAUGGGUAAACGAAUUCGUGACAUUCGUUGGUUGUCGGUGUGGUGCAGAAGAUUCACGGUCGAUUUCGGUGAAGUAUUCAUCCCACCGGGCUUGGACGUACCGAAGCCACGUGUACUGCCGGAAUUCAAACGGCUCGCCCAUGGGCUCCGCUCGAGUAACAUCAGCAUUCUGGACGCAAAAACAUUCUACAUCCCAAACCUCCACUACGACGGGGCCGGGCCUGAUGCGUACUUUUGGGUGGGCAAUGGCUCCGAACCGAACAUCAUGGGUAUCAAAGUUCCUAAUGAGGUGGGCUCGCUGGAACCACUGCGAGGCUACCAAGGCGAAGAUAUUGAGAUUCAACUGCCCGGUAACCUGACCGUAUACGACAUCGAUUGGCUGGCCGUGUGGUGCGUCGAAUAUCGGCACAACUUUGGGCAUGUCUACAUUCCGAAGGACCUGGACAUUCCGCCAGCGCUUGGCCAAACAAAAAUAGCGCCGCCUUGGUGGUAUAAGCCGACUACAUCAUCUACUAUUCCAACGGUGACCUCGUUCGGACAUCCAACGGCGACUUCCAAACCAUCUGUCAAUUGUAAAGAGCUACUGCUAGGUAGAUUGAACGUUAUGUGGCAGAUUGUAGGAGAAUACGUUGAACUUGAACUGAUUGGCAGAAUCGACGAGGACCAGUAUAUGGCAUUUGGUAUAUCUGGCAGGAAUGGACAGCCACAGAUGGUCGGUUCGGACGUGAUUGUGGCAUUCUAUGAUCGUAAGCUACGGAAGUUCCGUGCGGAAGAUUACUACUUGUCGGCCCUAUCCCAGUGCGAUGGCAAACAUGGAGCAUGUCCAGAUGAGCGGAUAGGCGGUCGAAAUGACGCUGAGCUAAUUUCUGGAGAUCGCCGUCAAGGUGUAACGAAAAUAAAGUAUCGUCGUCUUCUACACACCAACGAAGCAGCUAGUGAUCAACCUUAUCCAACCGAUCGGCAGAUAUCGGUGGUAGCGGCCAUUGGUCCACUAAAUUCUCUAAGUGAAGUGAAUGCUCACAACUUUAGAGACGUUACGGUGCAGGACAUCCAGAUCAACUUUUCUUCCACUAAUGAUCACACGUGCACCGAUGCUUUGGAUAGUGUAAUUGAUCCCAAAGGACCAAAAAUAUGGACCAAACGAAUCAUUAGCCGAGAAUCGCUCAUCAAAGCAAGGAUCGGUCCAACCGGUGGAAAACGGGGUUACACUCCGAUGACGGGUCACCCCUCUUGGGGAAUCGCAUGGUACCUGAACGAUAUGCUCAUUCCAGAAGUGUAUGUAGAACGAGGCAAAACUUAUACAUUUAUUGUGGAAGGCGGUGAUGAUCAAACCCAACCAGCCAAAUUUCAUCCAUUUUACAUUACCGACUCGCCUGAGGGUGGAUUCGGACAGAAUACUGCAACGCAACAAGAGAGAGAAACUGUAUUUGCUGGUGUUGCCUAUGACAAGGACCGCAAUCCUUAUCCUACUGCAGUUGGCCAUUAUUGUGAGUGGAAACACAAAACCGUGGACAAGUCGGAGCAAAUCGAAACCUUUGAAGAAUUUAUGACCACGUUGAAACUGGAGUGCGAUAACCCCGACGGACAGCCAGGAUACCUGAACUGGACCGUGCCAUUCGAUGCUCCAGACAUGGUAUACUAUCAGUGCUACACCCACCGGAACCUGGGCUGGAAGAUCCACGUCGUCAACGAGGGAAUGUCGUUAGAGAUCAACGGUUCGCAUGGUGUGUCCUUGGUAAGUUCUUUCAGCAUACCUCUGCUGGCACUGACCGUGUGUACUAGCUUACUGAUGAUGCGACGGCGUCUGUUGUUCUGAUAGUAACUUCCCUAAUUGGUAAACCUUCCUAGGGAUUUGAGUUCAGCAUUGUUGUACAUUGUUUUUCUUUCCAUUGCAAAGCCUGCAACGAUUAUAGAAAGGUAGGAAGUAACUAAUAUAGCUAAUGAAUUAAAUCUAGUACACUUGGUAGCGUUCCAGCGGAGGUUAAUUCCAUAUCCAUAGCGGCGCUUGAUGGCUUGAGUUGGCAACACGGAGGGAAACAGAUCAAAAACAAUUUUGUGUUCAAUUACUCUAUCUACAUAGAUUUACAGAAACAUUAAAUUUAUGUAAAAUAACACAUUUGAACUAAUUUGGGUACGGAAUAUCUAUUCAUAACAAAUAUCAAUGACGAAUAUUAUUUUUAAAAUCUAAUGCUGUUCUUAUUUACG